AAAUGGCAGAGAUAGAAUAUUAUUGCAGUUUGUUUCCCUUUUUCUGCAAAAGAAAAAGAUAAAGGUCAUCUAUCUAAUCAGUAGUACCGGCUAGUAGCAGGAUUGGAGAAUCUCGAGAGAGCUGUGAGUGAUUGACGUACAUAAAACAAAAAGCUGCUGUAAUCUAAGCUGUAUCCACAAACACGCUCUUUCUGUCUUUUUGUCUUAACGCAAUUUUUCAAACAACAACACUCUUCCGGUGAUUUCUGAGUUCACUGUUCAGACCCGUAGACUCUUCACUCAGCUGUUGAAAGCUUUCUAUAUCUAUCUCGUCUCUCUCUGUUUCGAGAGAGCAAGAGUUCUCGGCCGAAGAUGACGACGUUUAGGUCUCUCGUUAUUUUUCUCGUUCUUCUGGGUUUCAGCCACGUGUCCCUCGCGGCUAUGCGGAACAACCAAAACCAGAGCAAGAGAUCGACUUAUAUUGUAUACAUGGCAAAACGCCAGAUGCCACCGAGCUUCGAGCACCAUUCUUAUUGGUAUGAUUCAUCACUCAAAUCUGUAUCGGCCUCAGCUCAAAUUCUUUACACUUACGACAAUGCAAUCCAUGGAUUUUCGACGAGCUUAACACCUAAAGAAGCUCGUUUACUCGAGAGCCAACCCGGGAUCCUUUCAGUUCUGCCUGAGUUAAAGUACGAGUUACAUACAACUCGGACUCCCCGAUUUCUCGGACUGGAUAAAAGUGAUGAUAUGCUCCCAGAUUCAGCCUCCGGGAGUGAUGUCAUCAUCGGAGUUUUAGAUACCGGAGUUUGGCCUGAAAGCAAGAGUUUUGAUGACACCGGACUCGGCCCUGUACCGAGUAACUGGAAGGGCGCCUGUGAAGCCGGUACAAAUUUCAGUUCGUCUAAUUGUAAUAGAAAAUUAAUCGGUGCUAGAUACUUCUCGAAAGGUUAUGAGGCUAUAUUAGGCCCGAUUGAUGAAAGCAAAGAGUCGAAAUCUCCGCGUGAUGACGAUGGCCACGGCACUCACACGGCCAGCACUGCAGCUGGAUCCAUUGUUGAAGGCGCGAGCUUGUUUGGCUACGCCGCUGGCACUGCGCGAGGGAUGGCUCCUCGCGCCAGAGUUGCUGUGUACAAGGUUUGCUGGAUUGGUGGUUGUUUUAGCUCUGAUAUAUUGGCAGCCAUUGAUAAGGCCAUUGAAGAUAAUGUCAAUGUUCUUUCAAUGUCUCUCGGCGGUGGCAUGUCUGAUUACCACAGAGACAGUGUUGCAAUUGGCGCAUUUGCAGCAAUGGAGAAAGGGAUUUUAGUCUCUUGUUCAGCUGGAAACGCCGGUCCAAGCUCGUUCAGUUUAUCAAAUGUGGCGCCAUGGAUUACCACAGUCGGUGCCGGCACUCUGGACCGAGACUUUCCGGCUUUUGUCAGCCUUGGCAAUGGCCAAAACUACUCUGGAGUGUCACUUUUUAAAGGAAACCCCUUACCAGGAAAAUUAUUGCCUUUUGUUUAUGCUGGUAAUGCUAGUAACGCAACAAAUGGGAAUUUGUGUAUGAUGGGUACUUUGAUUCCUGAGAAAGUUUCAGGAAAAAUUGUGUUGUGUGAUAGAGGAAUAAAUGCAAGGGUUCAGAAAGGAGCUGUAGUUGAAGAAGCUGGUGGCUUGGGGAUGGUUUUAUCUAACACCGCCGCUAAUGGUGAAGAAUUGGUAGCUGAUGCACAUUUGUUACCGGCCACCGCUGUUGGUCAAACAUACGGCGAUGCUGUUAAGAAAUACUUGUUUUCAGAUCCUAACCCAACCGUGACAAUUUUGUUCGAAGGAACUAAACUGGGCAUUGAACCAUCACCGGUGGUGGCAGCAUUUAGUUCAAGAGGCCCCAACUCCAUCACGGCGGAGAUACUAAAGCCAGAUAUGAUUGCGCCAGGUGUCAACAUCCUGGCGGGCUGGUCAGGCUUAGUGGGACCAACUGGGUUGGCAACGGAUAGUCGGCGCGUGGGAUUCAACAUUAUAUCAGGCACAUCAAUGUCUUGCCCACAUGUUAGCGGCCUGGCUGCAUUGCUUAAAGCCGCCCACCCAGACUGGAGCCCGGCAGCCAUUAAGUCAGCCCUCAUGACCACCGCCUAUAUUGUGUAUAAAAAUGGUGAAAAAUUGCAGGAUAUUGCUACAGGAAAAGCCUCCACACCGUUUGAUCAUGGCGCUGGACAUGUUGACCCUGUAUCAGCCCUCAAUCCAGGAUUGGUGUAUGAUUUAACGGUGGAUGAUUAUCUGGGCUUCCUCUGUGCAUUGAAUUACACAGAGUCAGAGAUAAACAGUGUUGCGAGAAGAAAUUUCACAUGUGAUGCUGGUAAAAAAUACAGCCUCACUGAUCUCAACUAUCCUUCUUUUGCAGUGAAUAUUGACGCAGCCCAGAUGGGCAGUGGCUCCAUUGUUUUCAAGUACCCGCGCACACUGACCAACGUGGGCUCACCGGGGACUUACAAGGUGUCGAUAUCAUCACAAAGCCCUGCAGCUAAAAUAUCUGUGGAGCCACCGGUGUUGACUUUUACACAGAUGAAUGAGAAGAAAACGUAUACUGCCACCUUCACUGUAACUUCGAUGGCUACCAGUACGAAUAGCUUUGGUCGAAUUGAGUGGUCUGAUGGGAAGCACAUUGUGGGCAGUCCUGUUUCGUUUAGCUGGAAUUAAUUAGUGGGGAACAAUAAGGGGAAAAAGUUGUCUUUAGAUUUUAAAUAUUGAUUUUCUUAUUAUCCACCGGCAGAAACUGAUUGCUGGGACUAUUGUUCUGAGGGAGGAACCAGGGGCACCAGAUGUUCACUGUUUUCUUUCACAGUGUACAGUGGUAACAUUAACGGCAUGUAUCCAUUUCAGUGCCUUGCUGUAGACCAAAUUUCGCUUGUAUCGUCAAUUUGUGUUCUUUUCCUACGGCUCUUAUGGCUUCAAUAUAAUAAAAAUCUAUAUUUAUAGUGGA